AUGAAUCAGAACUACGCCGGCUACAACGCUCAGGGUGUGGUUUCUCAGCCACAGGCCGCUAUCCCACAGAGUCAACAGGCGGCCCAGGACCACGCACAGGCACAAGAUACGGCGGCUAAUGCUGCCAUCGAGGCGGUCAGAAGCCAGUUUAUAAAGGCAGUUAAGGACAAAGAAAGGCGUUCUCCGCCCAUUCCGACUCAGUCAGUACAGCUUGCUGCCUCCUGUAACAACAUUGUGGCCGAGAACCGCUCCGGGGAUUCUCUUCCCCAUCUACCCCCCGGCUACCAGCCGCCUCAGCCGGCGGUAGUACCCCAAACCGCCCAACCUGCAGCGCAGCCUCAGCAGCAGGCGGCCUUUCAGUUGACACAGCAUUCUAACUACCAACAAACUUCUAUGUUACCUCAGCCGCCCCAGCCGGCGGUAGUACCCCAAACCGCUCAACCUGCAGCGCAGCCUCAGCAGCAGGCGGCAUUUCAGUUGACACAGCACUCUAACUACCAACAAACUUCUAUGUUACCUCAGCCGCCCCAGCCGGCGGUAGUACCCCAAACCGCCCAACCUGCAGCGCAGCCUCAGCAGCAGGCGGCCUUUCAGUUGGCACAGACCAACUACCAACAAACUUCUAUGUUACCUCAGCCGCCCCAGCCGGCGAUAGUACCCCAAACCACUCAACCUGCAGCGCAGCCUCAGCAGCAGACCUCCAACCACCAACAAACAAUCGAACCACAGUCUUCAAUGGAUUUUCAACUUCCGGUAGAGCCCCAACAGGAACAAGGGGUCGCCGGACCGUCUCAGAUUAGGAAUACAACUGUCCCCGACGUCUUCGACCUAUUCGUCAACUUUGGAAAUGGCGAUAAAGAGCCUCCGACGAUUGAUCCUCGCCAGCUUAACCGAGAAUGA